CCUGCGCUUGCAAUCCGGCAAAAGGCGGUGGCUGUUCAGCUGAGAAAAAAAAAAGGAAAAGCUGAGCAUCUGAGCAGAUUUACUCCCCCACAGAAACCUCACCGCCGUCCCCUGCCUCACUUGCUAGACUUGCAAUGUCCACCGCCGGGGAAGUACCAGCGUUUUUUAAGGGCAUGGGCUCUGACAGCCCCGCCAGGCCCAGGCAGAAAUUCUGUGGCAUGUUCUGCCCGGUGGAGGGCUCCGCGGACAGCAAGACGCUGGACUUUGACGCGCUCCAGGCGGGCAGGGAGAGGAGUGACGGGCGGGUGAUCGACCGGCAGACCGACAUCUCCCAGCCCAGGAAGGUGGAGAUAAGGGAGAGCACGGGGAAAGAAUACCUGCAGAACCUGGAUGAUAAAAAGAGUGAUCGUCUCCUGAUCAAAGGAGGGAAGAUCGUGAACGAUGACCAGUCCUUCUGUGCUGACAUCUACAUGGAGGAUGGAGUCAUCAAACAAAUUGGGGAAAACCUCAUUGUGCCCGGCGGGGUGAAAACCAUCGAUGCCCACGGCCGCAUGUUGAUGCCGGGCGGCAUCGAUGUGCACACGCGCUUCCAGAUGCCGGAUCGAGGCAUGGUGUCAGCCGAUGACUUCUACCAGGGGACCAAGGCUGCUCUGGCCGGAGGAACCACCAUGAUCAUUGACCACGUGCUUCCUGAGACCGGCGUCAGCCUCCUCUCGGCCUUCGAGCAGUGGCGCGAAUGGGCCGACAGCAAGUCCUGCUGCGACUACUCGCUGCACGUCGAUAUCACCGAGUGGCACAAGGGCAUCCAGGAGGACAUGGAGACGCUCGUGAAGGACCACGGUGUCAACUCUUUUCUGGUCUACCUGGCUUAUAAGGACGUUUUCCAGCUAUCUGACUCUCAGGUGUACGAGGUGUUCAGUGUGAUCCGAGAUCUGGGAGCCAUCGCCCAGGUGCACGCUGAGAAUGGAGACAUUGUAGCUGAGGAGCAGCAGAAGAUCCUGGAGCAGGGGAUCACUGGGCCUGAGGGACACGUGCUGAGCCGCCCUGAGGAGGUGGAGGCGGAGGCUGUGAACCGCUCUGUGACGGUGGCCAAUCAGACCAACUGCCCUCUCUACAUUACCAAGGUGAUGAGCAAGAGCGCUGCUGAUGUCAUCGCCCAGGCCAGGAAGAAGGGCACUGUGGUCUACGGAGAGCCAAUCACUGCGAGCCUGGGAACAGAUGGCUCUCACUACUGGAGCAAGAACUGGGCCAAGGCAGCGGCCUUCGUCACCUCCCCCCCCCUGAGCCCCGACCCCACCACACCAGACUAUCUCAACUCCCUGCUGUCCUGUGGUGACCUGCAGGUGACAGGAAGUGCGCACUGUCCCUUUAACACGGCCCAGCGUGCCGUGGGCAAAGAUGACUUCAGCUUGAUCCCUGAAGGCGUCAAUGGUACUGAGGAGAGGAUGUCUAUCAUCUGGGACAAGUGUGUGGUGACGGGUAAGAUGGACGAGAACCAGUUUGUGUCGGUGACCAGCACCAAUGCAGCCAAGAUCUUCAACAUGUACCCCCGCAAGGGCCGCAUCGCCGUGGGCUCAGACGCCGACCUGGUGCUGUGGGACCCCGACGUCACCAAGAUCAUCUCCGCCAAGAGCCACAACUCGACUGUGGAGUACAACAUCUUUGAGGGCACGGAGGUGCGCGGCGGGCCUCUGGUGGUGAUCAGCCAGGGGAAGAUCGUGUUGGAGGAAGGGAACCUCCACACCAUCGAGGGCUCGGGGCGCUUCGUGGCCCGCAAGCCUUUCCCCGACUACGUCUACAAGAGGAUAAAGGCUCGCAGCAGGCUUGCUGAGCUGAGGGGUGUACCCAGAGGUCUGUAUGAUGGCCCAGUCUGCGAGGUGUCCGUCACCCCCAAAACCAUGACCCCUGCCUCCUCCGCAAAGAACUCGCCGGCCAAGCAGCCCAACCAGCCCGUCCGUAACCUGCACCAGUCUGGGUUCAGCCUCUCCGGCGCUCAGAUGGACGACAACAUUCCUCGCCGGAACACCCAGCGCACCUUGGCCCCCCCUGGCGGCAGGGCCAACAUCACCAGCCUGGGUUAGGGGUCUGCCCUCGGCCACUUAGGAGGAAACAAAGACCGGAGGACGGGUCGGCCGACAGGAGCUGAGGGGUCGAGAAAAAUCACGACACCGGGAACCAAACCCUUCCCAGCACCGGUCCAUCCGUCAGCCUCCAUCUUUCCCCUCCUCCUUUACCACGUACCCUCCUCCCCCUCCCCAAAACCGGAUCCUAGAGGACACAGUUAGAAAAAAAAAGAAGAAAAAAAAUGUCUGCCUCAUAUGAUGAAAAAAUGAAAUACUCCUUAUUUGAGCACUUUUGACUGCAUUAUUUCGUUUUUUUAUACCGUACUUUUUUCCCUGCCAUUGUAUUCUUUUAAUGUUUUUUUUGUUGUUUUAUUAGGGGGUCAAGUGGGACUGAAUUAUGAGAAGAGGAACAUUUUCAUGCAGGAUGUCCAUUGUGUUUCUUUUCAUUUGGGGAGUAGUUUAAAUGGAGCAUUUGUACAAAACUAGAUUAUCUUUCCUUGAAUAGGCCAAGCUGGAUGAUUGAAAUAGUCUUACAGUUUAUUCAGGAGGCAAGAACAGAGUAUCUGUGAUUUGUACUGUGUUGCGUUUGAAUUGCUUCCCUUUCCAGUGCACCGCCAUCCAUCACACACUGCUGCGAUCCAUUUCCAAUUGAUUAUUAACCAUGAGGUCGGCCUUGAGGUUAAACAAAUCUUUUAUUUGGGUUAUAGACUCUGGCUGCACUGGCUCUCAUCUCAUGUUUCCCUUUUGCUAAGCUAAAUAAGUAAAAAACCAUAUUCCGUAUUUGGCAGCUGCCUUAGAGCUUGUGAGUGUUAGGAGAAGGAGCUUUUGCAGGUAGUAAAUAGAGCUUUAUGCCUCGUUUUUUUUAAGCGUUAGGCCAUUGUUAAGUGGGAGAAUUGUAGGAAAGAUUUAGGGAGGAAAGAGAAAGUUGUAUUCGCUGUCACUUCAAACCUUUCCUUGCCUUAUUGUCUCUUAAUGCCGUCCUAUUAGAUAACUCUUAGAGGUGCGGGAAAGGUGCCAUUCACUGCUACAAAUUCCCCAGUUUGUUUCCUGUAAUUAUAACGGUUUUGAUAGACAGCUGUCAGUCAGCCGUUAACUGUCCCAUCACCAACCAGUGCAUUUACAUACAGAAUGUUUCUCCUCCUCCAAAUGUGACUGUUUUAUACUCAUCCAAAUCCCUUUUUCUUUUCUACUCUUUAUGUGCCUGAACCCACAGAAGUUGUACUGAUAAUCCUGGUAAAAUAGCCAGGAUAAACCGAUUCAAGGGUGCCAGAGUUUGUGCUUUCAUAGGGCCUAUCCUACCGGUAGAGCCCCUGAAAAGUCGAAAAAUGCUCGAUAUCUUGAAAUGUUUUAGAGUUUUUAACUUGUUGUCAAACUGCUUUUUAGUGUCAUUCUGUAACUAGGUGCCUAAGGGCUGAGCACUAUUGAUUUAUGCUUGAAAGUAGACAUGAGCUAAUGUACUUUUGUGCAGUGUUAAUGUGUGAGGAAUGGGACACGCACAGCAGGCUCAUGUAAAGCACUGCUUACUGUUGUGGACUUGACGUUUUAUUUUUUACGUGAUCUGGUUUUCAUUAAGCCAAGCAACUGA